AUGGCGGUUUCAAAGCUUGUAUUGGCUGCGACAAGCCGUAAAAGCUGCAAAGUACUCUUAGGGCUAAGAGUACUGGCCUUCUCGGCUAAGCUAUCUGCAGCCAUUGUGAUGGGAUUGAAUAAAAAGACAAAGACGUUUGUGGUGGGAAACGUUGGAAAUACUCCGGUCAAAGCUACUUUCACUGCUAAGUUCCAACACACUCCAGCUUUUGU